AUGCAGCUGACGGCCCUCCUCCAGGCCGCCCAAUCUGCGGACGCCGCAGUUCGCAACCAGGCGGAGCAGACGCUGAACAGCCUGCAGCAGCAGCAGUAUGCAGAGCUGUGUGUGGGCCUGUCCGCGGAGCUGGCCGACUCCAGCAAGCCGGUGGACGCGCGGCGGCUGGCGGGCCUGAUUCUGAAGAACACGCUGGACGCCAAGGAGGAUGCACGCAAGGCUGCGCUGGUCCAGCAGUGGGUGGCAUCGGAUGCCGGGAUGAAGAAGCAGGUCAAGCAGAAUCUGCUGGCCACGCUUGGGACCCAGGGCGACGCGGGGCACACCGCGGCGCUGGUCAUCGCCAAGGUGGCCGCCAUCGAGGUGCCGCGCAGCGAGUGGCCAGAGCUGAUCCAGGCUCUGCUGGCCAACAUGAGCGCCUCGCCCUCCACCAAGGAGCUGCGGCAGUCCACGCUGGAGACGCUGGGGUACACUUGUGAGGAGCUGGGCAAUCUGGAUGAGGACUACCUGUCCCAGCAGGAGGUCAACUCCAUCCUCACCGCCGUGGUGCAGGGCAUGCGCAAGGACGAGCCCGAGGUGGAUGUGCGGCACGCGGCCACCGUGGCGCUGCAGAACGCGCUCACCUUUGCGCACAACAACUUCUCAAACGACAACGAGCGCAACUACGUGAUGCAGAUCAUCUGCGAGGGCACGCUGGCAGAGAGCCCGCGCAUCCGCCAGGCCAGCUGGGAGUGCCUGUCGUGCAUCGCCAGCGGCUACUACGACAAGCUGCCGGCCUACAUGCAGGACAUCUUCUCCCUCACGCAGCGCACGGUCAAGGGGGAUGAGGAGGACGUGGUGCUGCAGGCGCUGGAGUUCUGGUGCACGGUGGCGGAGGAGGAGCUGGACAGGGAUGGGGACGGCGCCAGCACCGACGCCGACAGCGUGAACCACCACUUCAUCAAGGCAGCGCUGCCGCACCUGGUGCCGCUGCUGCUGGAGCAGCUGACGAAGCAGGAGGAGGGGCAGGAGACCGACGACGGCGUGUGGAACGUGUCCAUGGCGGCGGGCACGUGCCUGGCGAUAUGCGCGUCGGUGGCGGGCGACGCCGUCGUGCCCCUGGUCAUGCCCUUUGUCACCUCCAACAUCCAGAAGCCCGACGGCGCGGACAACUGGCGGGCGCGGGAGGCGGCCACCUUUGCCUUUGGCUCCAUCCUGGAGGGGCCUGGCGUGGACACGCUGGGCCAGCUGGUGCAGUCGGGGCUGGGCUUCCUGCUGACAGCUCUGAAGCAGGACCCCAACGCGCACGUGAAGGACACCACGGCGUGGACGAUAGGCCGCAUCUUCGAGUUUGUGCACGGCGACGACUCCGCGCCGCCCCUGCUGGGCCCCGGCAACCUGCCUCAGGUGGUGGAGGCGCUGCUGCUGGCCAUCCGCGAUGCGCCGCACAUUGCGGAGAAGGUGUGCUACGCCAUCAGCCAGCUGGCGGGCGGGUUCCGGGAGCAGCGCGGCACCUCCGCCAUGUCGCCCUACUUCAAGGACAUAGUGCAGGCGCUGCUAGAGACGGCCUCGCGGCCCGCCGACGCCGCGGAGCAGACGCGGCUGCAGACUCAGGCGUUUGAGGCGAUCAACGAGGUGGUGCGCGCCUCGGCGGCCGACACCACGCCCAUGGUGGUGCAGCUCAUCCCGCUGGUGGUGGGCAAGCUCAACGAGACGCUGCACAUGGGCGCAGCGGGCAGCGUGGAGGCGGCGGAGCGGCAGAGCGAGAUCCAGGGCCUGCUGUGCGGCAUGACGCACGUGAUCGUGCAGAAGCUGAGCGACAGCGACAGCGCCAAGGCAGGGGUGCUGCAGUACGCGGACCACAUCAUGGACGUGCUGCUCAACGUGUUUGCCUGCCGCAAGGCGUCGGUGCACGAGGAGGCGAUGCUGGCUGUGAAGCUGAGCGACAGCGACAGCGCCAAGGCAGGGGUGCUGCAGUACGCGGACCACAUCAUGGACGUGCUGCUCAACGUGUUUGCCUGCCGCAAGGCGUCGGUGCACGAGGAGGCGAUGCUGGCUGUGGGCGCCAUGACGUAUGCGUGCGGGCGCCAGUUCAGCAAGUACAUGGAGCGCUUCUACCCGGUGCUGCAGACGGGGCUGGCGCGCCACCAGGCACGUAAGUACCUGCAGCACGUGGUGACCAUGCUGCAGAGCGCCAUGCAGCUCAGCGUGCAGCAGCAGCAGGCGGGGGACGAGGACCUGGCGGAGUACAACAACCUGCUGCGGCACGGCAUCCUGGAGUCGUGGGCGGGCAUGUUCAACGGGCUGAGCAAGGAGAAGGCGGACCACUACCUCAAGCCCUUUGCCCCCUCCCUGCUCGACUUUGUGGAGGCCAUCUACGCGGACAAGGCGGGGCAGGACGAGGGCGUGUGGAAGGCGUCCGCGGCGCUGCUCGGCGACGUGGCCUCCUCCCUCAGCCAAGUGGGGGUGCUGUUCCAGCAGAAGCCCUUUGUGCAGCCCUUCCUGCAGCAGAUGCAGCAGGACUCCUCCACUGCCGACACAGCCACCUGGGCGACACAGAUGAUCACAAAGGCGCUGCGCAGCUGA